GAAUGUCUUGAAUGCAGCAUCAUCGUUUCAGUCUUGCUGUCUUUCCUCAAGCAAACUCUUGGUCCUGAACAUGACCCAGUCGUCUACAAGAAGUUGAGAGCUCAAGUAUGGUGGGGCAUUGGACUGGGCCUCUUGGUCUGUCUGAUCAUUGGCGGUGCAUUCAUUGGUGCAUUUUACGGACUUGGCAAGGACCAUUUCGCUUCAACUGAAGACAUCUGGGAAGGUGUUUUUGGCUUGAUCGCAUCAAUCAUCAUCUCGAUCAUGGGUGCCGCUCUCCUUCGAGUAUCAAAACUGCAAACCAAAUGGAGACUUAAGCUGGCCAAGGCUCUGGAAGAAAAGGACCAAAACAAAGGCAAGGCGAGUACUCGUUUCAAGCGAUUUGCAGAGAAGUACGCCAUGUUCAUGCUUCCCUUCAUCACUGUCAUGAGAGAGGGCCUCGAAGCCGUCGUCUUUAUUGGAGGUGUCUCUCUUGGACUUCCAGCUACGUCGUUCCCCCUCGCCGUCAUUACUGGUCUUGCAGCUGGCUGUUUGAUCGGAUACCUUAUUUACCGUGGCGGCAACAUGGCAUCUCUGCAGAUCUUCCUCAUUGUGUCGACCUGUGUCCUCUACCUCGUUGCUGCUGGUCUCUUCUCCAAGGCCAUCUGGUUCUUCGAGAACAAUACCUGGAGCAAGCUCAUCGGUGGUGACGCUUCUGAGGUCGGAAGUGGCCCAGGUUCUUACGAUAUCACCAAGUCAGUUUGGCACGUCAACUGUUGCAACCCAGAGAUUAACACUGGCGGCUACGGUAUCUUUAAUGCCAUUCUCGGUUGGCAAAACUCUGCAACCUAUGGUUCGGUACUUUCAUACAACUUUUACUGGAUUGCAGUGAUUAUCGCCUUUGUUUCGAUGCGCUACAAGGAGCAACAUGGUCACUGGCCCAUGAUGAAGGCCAGAUCGAAGCAGGUAGACAGCGAGAGCUCCAGUCAAGUCGAUGUGACAGAGACGGUGGAGAAGAAGGCAUCGAAUGAAGCUGCAACGGUGACAGCAAUCAGAGAGAUCGAG